CAACUCGCGUUAGUCGCAAGCGCGGAUCGGCGCAGGACAGGUACAUGGACAGCUAGAUGGCCGCCAGACAAACGUUGAUGAACCACAUCCUGGCAGGCUGCUGCCUCAGUCUGUGCCUCUGCCUCUUCCUGUGCUACUCUGAUGCGGCCAGAGAUGUGCCACAAAUAUUGAAAUACGAGAAUGAGAAAAUGGAUGGCGAUGGCUAUGCCUUCUCUUUCGAGACGAGCGAUGGCAUAUCGCGGCAGGAGACGGCCACGUUGAAGCAUCCCGGCACCCCAUUGGAGGCCAUUGCCGUCCAAGGCAGCGUCAAUUGGGUGGGACCCGAUGGCGUGCAGUACAAACUCAACUAUCUGGCUGAUGAGAAUGGUUUCCAGCCACAGGGCGCGCAUCUGCCACAGUUGGAAGGCACUCGCACGGCCUGAACACUGAACACUGAUCACGUGAUAGCUUUUGGACUUUGUGAAACAAAUUAAAUCACCAAAUAUGUAGCAGAAGGAGGGGGUGGAGGAGGAGCAGAAGAGGAGCAGAGCAGAGCAGACACAAUAGAAAUUAAAAAAUAUAUAGCAAUAAGUAGGUAUAGAUACUCGUAUAUUCGUAGACUCAUGUGUUUGGGGCUGUGUCCGACUGUGCCGACGAUGCUGGGCAUACAUUUUCACCCAUCGAAAAUUGAAUUGUAUUCUAAGCAUAUGGGUAUUAGCAUAUACAUCUGUAUGAGCCUCUUCGAAACUUGUUUGCUCAUCCACUGCCCCGCAGCUCCCUGCCCCUGCCGUCAGAAAUGGAUAUGGGGUGUAUAUGGUAUGCCGUAACAGAGGAGCUGACCAAACCGGUUCAAUAAACACCCAACAAAGGUUGCCAAAAAA